AUGAAACGCGGAAAACGGGAUAAUGGAUUGUUGUUGGAGGAGGAUACAGAUGGCCCGCCACACAAGCAGCACAAGGGUGGUAAUUCAGAAGACGACGACCAGCUCGAAGAAGAUGAGGAGAUUGAUGCGGCGCAGAUGCAGAUAGUGGCGCAGGAACAGAGGCAGGACCAGACGCAGAAGAAAAGCAAGGGAAGAGUCGCAGCUGCUGGAAUUAUCCAGUACGUGGAGGUGUACAAUUUCAUGUGCCACAAGUAUUUAUCCUUUGACUUGGGCCCUCAGCUCAACUUCAUCAUCGGUCAUAACGGUUCUGGGAAAUCAGCAAUUCUCACAGCGAUAACUCUGGCGCUGGGUGGGAGAGCUACAGCUACGAACAGAGGCAGCAGCUUGAAGUCGUUUAUUAAAUCUGGUCAGAGCCAGGCACAAAUCAUUCUCAAACUAAAGAACGAAGGCACUGAAGCAUACAAGCAGGAUGUUUACGGCAAGACGAUCGUUGUGGAGCGCACGGUGAGGGAUAUCGGCAACGCCCUCAAGCUGAAAAGUGCGAGCGGGAAAACAGUGAGCACAACGCGCCAGGAGUUGACAGCAAUCUGCGACCACUUUAUGAUACAGGUCGACAACCCAAUGAACGUCCUCAGCCAGGACCAAGCGAGACAAUUCCUGAGUGCCAGCCAUGCCAAGGAGAAGUAUGACUUCUUCCUUAAGGGCACACAGCUCACGCAGCUCUCGGACGAAUACCAGCUUAUAUCCGAAAACAUCUCAAGUGCGAGAGACGCAACCGUGCAUAAGAAGGAGAGGCUGCCAGCGCUAGAAGAGGCUGCAAAUAGAGCACACUCGCGAUACAAAGAGGCGACCAAGGCGAGAGAUCAGCAGCACAAACUGCUUGAACUGAAGAACGAGCUAGCGUGGUCAGUGCCCGCCGCGAUGCAGAGAGAUAUCGACGCCGAAGAGAAGGACUACGAGGUGGCGAGGCAGAGAAUGGUCGCCAUUGAAGAGGCUCUCCAAACGGCCGAGAUGGACUAUCAGGAGACACAGGCCGAGGUGCAGAAAUAUGAAUCGAUCACAAUGGACGAGGACUCACAACUAAAUGCACUCAGAAAGGAGAAGGAGGCGCUCAACGACCACUUUAAAGUGCACAAAACUAAGCUCCAAAACAACAGAAAGGAGGAAGCCGAUUUAAACCACUAUCUCAAUGAAAUCCAAACGACAAUUAGAGACUUCGAGAACCAGAAGAAUGAAGAGUAUGCACGUCUGCAAAUCGACCACAAUGCACAGAACGAUGAAACGCGUCGCAAGAUGGAUGAGCUGCAGGAGCAAAUAGAGUUGCACAACCAGAGUGAACUCGAGGCCUUAUCGAACGUGGAUGAAAUGAGAAACCAAUCUGAAGCGCUAUCGAAUGAGUUUGCAGAUCUCAAGAGACAGAAGAGUGGUUGGGAGAGCAACAUCCAGCAAUCGCAGCAGGACAUUAACCAAAUUCGAGCAUCUCAAAACGACAGACAGGCAGCAUUUGGAAAUAAGAUGCCUGAGAUUAUCAGAGAGAUUGAAAGACAGCAGUGGAAUGAAAAGCCAAUCGGCCCACUCGGUAGAUAUGUCAAAUUGGUCGAUAACAAAUGGAGCAAAGUUUUGGAGAGUGUGUUGGGUGGAACGCUCAAUGCAUUCGCCUGUAGCAACUUCCAAGACCGUAAGAAGUUGCUUGGUAUUUUGAAAAGACACGGCGCGUCAUCGGGUGUAAUUCAGAUGGGUGAAAGGACAUUUGAUUUCUCGAACGGUGAGCCAUCCAGCGAGUUUGUCACCAUCGAUAGGGUAUUAAAGUGUGAAUCAUCCGAAGUGAGGUGUAUACUGGUCAACCAAUCGCGUUCAGAGUCGUCAAUACUGGUUAGAGAUCGCCAAGAUGCUGACAAAAUAAUGAGAAACCAACCGAACAAUGUGACAAGCUGCUAUGUACUAAAUGGACUAUUCCAAGUUGGCGGUGGUGUGGGGAGCUCAACUAUUACACUCCCUCCUUACAAGGGAGCGCCUCGACUGACGACUGAUUACACGGAAGCGCGCAGGAUAGCCGAGGAGCGACUGAAAGAAGCUAGAACAAAUUACCAAGGAAUUCAGAGACAGGAGAUGAGCACAUCAGCGAGGGUGGAAGAGGUGAGGCAGGAAGCAAUGCGACACAAGGGCGAACAGAACCGCGCAUACAACGAGAAGAGAAAUUGUGAAGAGAAGAUCAACCAGCUGAGAGAGAGUCUGCAGAGUGUGCAGCCGGUGAACAUAUCCGCACUCGACGACGCCAUUACAGAGCAAAAGGAGGAGGUGGGCAAAGUGCAGCAGCAGUAUGCAGCGAUAGCGAGCAAACAGCACGAACUGAAUAGUUCCAUUCAACCGCACAUGGAGCGUUUGAGUGAGGUGAAGAGACAGCUGGCAGACUACGACAAGACGCGGCAGAACAUAGAGGAAAAUUUGAAACAUGCGCACAACGCAAAUAACCAGGCAGUGGCAGCACUGAACCACCGGCGCAAGCAGAAACAGCAGGAGUCAGAAAAAGUAGGUGUAUUCGAGAGUAAAUUGGGGAGACUGGAGAGGGACUUGAAAUUAGCAUUCGAGCAAGCAGACGAGAUAUGUCCAGGGCGAGUGAACACGACACGCACAGUCACGGACAUACAGCGCGACAUACAGGGCAUAGAAACAGCCUUGCACGCGCGGCAGCAGAGGAGUGGACAAGGCAUAGAGGCAGUGACGGCAGAGUACCACAGAGCUUUGGAUGCCGUAGAUAGCGCGCACAAAGAUAUAAACGAGAUGAAUGCGUUUAUCCGCCAACUUAAAAAGGCACUCGACUUGCGUACCCAGAAAUGGCUGCAGUUUCGUAAACACAUCGCUAUGCGAGCCAAGUACCAAUUCAUGUUUCAUCUCUCGGUGCGUGGGUAUUACGGGACAAUCAACUUCAACCACAGUGAAAGACGUCUCGAUUUGAUGGUGCAGACGGACGACCAGCUCGCUACGCAGGGGAGACGCGAUAAGGAUCCCAAGUCGCUGUCGGGCGGAGAGAAGAGCUUCUCUACAAUCUGCCUCCUCCUAUCGCUAUGGGAGGCGAUUGGAUGUCCUAUCAGAUGUCUGGAUGAGUUCGAUGUGUUUAUGGAUGCUGUUAACCGCAAAAUCAGUAUGAAAAUGAUGAUCGAAACUGCGAAAUCGUCGACAGGGAUACAGUACGUGCUCAUCACGCCACAGGACAUGUCGAGUAUCUCGCUGGGCAAGGAGGUCAAGGUGCACAGGAUGAAGGAUCCAGAGAGGGCAAAUGUGGGGUAA